GCGCGCCGGAAGUGACUGCAGCUGUCGGCCAGGACAGGAAGGAUCUGCUGUUUUGCGGGGCUUGCUGCUGGCACUGACUCCCGGUUUGCGAUGGGCUGCGACGGGGGAACAAUCCCCAAGAGGCACGAACUGGUGAAGGGACCCAAGAAGGUUGAGAAGGUUGACAAAGAUGCUGAAUUAGUGGCCCAGUGGAACUAUUGUACUCUAAGUCAAGAAAUAUUAAGGAGACCGAUAGUUGCCUGUGAACUUGGCAGGUCACAUCCAACCUUCAAACUACUUUACAACAAAGAUGCUGUCAUUGAGUUUCUGUUGGACAAAUCUUCUGAGAAAGCUCUUGGGAAGGCAGCAUCUCAUAUUAAAAGCAUUAAGAAUGUCACAGAACUAAAGCUUUCUGAUAAUCCUGCCUGGGAAGGGGAUAAAGGAAACACGAAAGGGGACAAGCAUGAUGACCUCCAGCGGGCACGUUUCAUUUGCCCUGUCGUGGGCUUGGAGAUGAAUGGCCGGCACAGGUUUUGCUUCCUGCGCUGCUGUGGUUGUGUGUUUUCUGAACGAGCCUUGAAGGAGAUAAAAGCAGAAGUCUGUCACACGUGUGGGGCUGCCUUCCAGGAAGACGAUGUCAUCGUGCUCAAUGGCACCAAGGAAGAUGUAGAGAUGCUGAAGAAGAAGAUGGAGGAAAGAAGGUUGAGGGUGAGGCUGGGAAAGAAAGCAAAGAAACCCAAGGCGGCAGAGCCUGUCCCAAACCCAGAUACCAGCGAAGAAUCCCCGGGGCCAUCAAAAGGUAUGACAGGGAAGCCUGAAGAAACUGGCCUUGAACCUAAAGAGAAGAAAGCCAGCGCGGUCCCCAAGAGUGCAGCUGGGAAGCCUCCAUGUGGAGCCAUGAAACGGUCCAUCGCUGAGAGCGAAGAAUCUGAAGCCUACAAGUCCCUUUUCACAACUCAUAGCUCGGCCAAGCGCUCCAAGGAGGAGUCGGCCCACUGGGUCACCCACACGUCUUACUGCUUCUGAACGUGCCCAGUGGUGACUGCAGCUCCUUCCUUCCACGGGCUCUUCUUCUUCUCCCUGUAGGCAGGUGGUUGUAAUCGUGUGAGCAUGUCAUAUCUCAUCUGGUGUAGUUCCGUUUGCAUGGUAUAAAGUUGUCCUGCCAAAUUUUUGAACCGCCGUGGUCACUCUUGUCUGGGAGGGCCUCUGACUUCCAGGAGGGGCUGUGGGAGCGUGGCCUGCCCUGCCGGGCGACCGUACUCAGCGCCUGCCCCUCUUAACCUCUUCCCGGGCCUGCAUUUAUGCUCGCUUCCAGCCAUAGCUGCACUUGGACCUUUCCACGACCAAGAGAGUUGUGUUGGCUGCACUUUUUAUGCUUGAAAUAAUUAAAACCUCCAGAUUCCUUACAGGCAUGUGGUUGGCUCAAUUUAAGUAAAAUCCUAAUGGUUUUGCCACCAAUAGAUAAUAAUAGAACAAGUGAAACAGCUUUUAGAAAGGAUGAAUUUCAAGUCCACAGUGUCUGCUAGAGUCUUUCAAGGACGUCACCUCUCUGUUCCAGCCCUGGAAGGAGCGGGGGGCUUUGGGUGAGAAGUCUUCCUCACCUCAGUUUAUCAUUUUGAAGAUAGAAGAGAUUUAAUUGGCACCUAAUGAUUUGGUACAUAAAUAAAUUGUCUUCCUUUUCUCUCA